AUGGGAUUAUGGGAUAAAGAGAAGGGGAAUCUGCUGGUGCCCUACUACGUGGUGGGAGUGCCGGGCUCCUUCUACGGCAGGCUUUUCCCACGUCGGAGCGUCCAUUUCUUCCACUGUUCUGGAUCUCUCAACUGGCUCUCUCAGGUUCCUCAAGGACUCGACACCGAACGGGGUGCCUCACUCAACAACAAGAACAUCUACAUUACAGAGACAAGCCCACCGGAGGUUGUGAAAGCAUAUCAACAACAAUUCCGAAGAGACCUUUCAGAAUUUCUCAGGUGUCGGUAUGCAGAACUCAGCUACGAAGGCAGACUGGUGAUUUCAUUUGGAGGCAGGAAAAGUAAUUGCCCGACCUACGGACAGAUGAGACACCUCUGGGGACUCUUAGCUGAGGCCCUGAAUGCUUUGGUGUUAGAGGGAAUGAUAGAGGAGGACAAACUGGUAACCUUCAAUCUGCCACGUUAUGCGCCUUCCAUGGAAGAAGUGAAGGCAGUGAUCCAUGGUGAUGGUCUGUUCGAUGUAGAAGACGCACAAGUUUUCGAGGCUAAUUGGGACGCGUUCGACGAUUCGGACGAUGAUUCUGCUGCAUUCGACAGUGAUCUAAGCGGCAAAAACGUGGCGAAAUACGUAAGAGCAGCGGUGCAACCAUUGAUUUCGGAGCAAUUCGGCGACGCCAUUCUCGAUGAACUGUUCGCUAGAUAUGCUGCAAAUGUUUCGAGGCACCUCCUUCAGCAGAAAACUAAGCAUAGCGUGUUUGUCAUUUCCUUGAAGAAAAAGAAUGAAAGCCAUCUCGCUGCUGGUUGA